CUCUGCCCCGCCACCGCCGCAGCUGCAGCCGCCGCUCGGGCUGCGGCUCAUCCCGGGUCGCGUUUGCCGUCCCUGCUGCGGCGCGAAGGGUACCCUGAGUGUGGCUGCGUGACCGGCCGCGGCGCGAGGAGCCCUUCUUCUGCCUCCCUGCGGCCCGCGCGGUGGACGGUGUCGGGACCGAGUGUGGCCGCCGCGCCCCUCGCUCCGCUCUCGGGCGGCCGCUCCGGCCCUUCCGGGCGGCGCCGCUGCCUCAGCCCGCUCCACAGGCAGAUGUGGGAAGACAAAUGAAGGGGUUUAGAUGCCAAAUAAAUGUCAGUGGAAAGGAGAGCUACCGACACUAAGGGCUGAACACAAGUAAACUCCUUUUUAAGAGUUAAAGAAUUAUUUAAAAAAAAAAAAAAAACAAGAUGGGGACGCCUGGUUCUGGAAGGAAAAGAACACCCGUGAAAGAUCGCUUUUCUGCAGAAGAUGAGGCUUUGAGUAACAUCGCUAGAGAGGCAGAAGCAAGGCUAGCAGCAAAGCGGGCCGCCCGGGCCGAAGCGAGAGACAUCCGCAUGAGGGAGCUGGAACGACAGCAAAGAGAGGGAUUAGAGGAUACAUUGUCUCUUCGAAGCCUUGGCAGUCACAGGAGUUCAUCGAAGGAUAUUACUGGGACACACUGGAGCAGAACCAGUACACCCAAAAGGAGAGACAUGAUGUACGAUACCCUCAAGGACAGAUCAUCAAGGGUUCCGUCAUUAAAUUAUUCUUACAGUCACACCUAUGGGAUGAAGAAGCGAUCUUCUAGUUCUCAUAAAGACCCCCUGAGUGGCCUCUAUUUUGACCAGAGAAACUAUAGCAGUCUUAGACAUAGCAAGCCUGCCUCUACCUACUACUAUCGGUCUUCUUCCCUGUGCAGUGACCCGCUGGGGACAUCGAGUAAGAACAGGGCCUCCUCUGCUGCAAAUUCUGGUCUGCUGAGAAGUGCCAGCCUGGCAUCAUUGUCUGGUGGUGGAUUAUAUAACCCUUAUGGUUCUCGAACUCCAUCUGAAUACAGUUACUACUCAUCGAGAGCGAGUUCCUCCCGGAGCAGCCCUGUGUCUAUCGACGACGACACCGCAAGCAUUGUGUCUUCUGAUCGUGCCAGUUGUGGGCGAAGGGACAGUGUGGUCUCUGCCGCUGAUUGUUUUAGUCGCUCCAGUCGUAGGGGGAGUGUUGUCUCUGAGGUGGAUGACGCCGGCAUCUCAGACUUGACCAGCUUGGAUGAAAAAUCAGACAAACAGUAUGCUGAAAAUUACACAAGACCUUCAUCUCGAAAUUCUGCCUCAGCCACAACACCUCUAAGCGGAAACUCAUCCAGACGGGGCAGUGGGGACACCAGCAGCUUGAUAGACCCAGACACCUCGUUAAGUGAACUGCGGGACAUCUAUGACCUGAAGGACCAGAUACAUGAUGUAGAAGGGAGAUACAUGCAGGGACUUAAGGAACUGAAGGAGUCUUUGUCUGAAGUAGAAGAGAAAUACAAGAAAGCCAUGGUGUCCAAUGCACAGCUCGACAACGAGAAGAACAACCUGAUCUACCAGGUGGAUACCCUCAAGGACGUUAUUGAAGAGCAGGAGGAGCAGAUGGCAGAGUUUUACAGAGAAAAUGAAGAGAAAUCAAAGGAGUUAGAAAGGCAGAAACAUAUGUGCAGUGUGUUGCAGCAUAAAAUGGAUGAACUCAAAGAAGGCCUUCGGCAGAGAGACGAGCUCAUUGAGGAGAAUCAGCGCCUUCAGCAGAAAGUAGACACCGUGACAAAAGAGGUGUUUGACCUCCAAGAGACCCUGCUUUGGAAAGAUAAAAUAAUUGGGGCCCUAGAGAAACAGAAAGAGUACAUUACCUGCCUCAGGAGAGAGCGAGAUGUGCUCAGAGAGGAGCUGCCUGACCUGCAGGAGACAGUGCCCACAGCAGAGAAACAUGGCUUAGUUAUAAUCCCAGACAGCACUCCCAAUGGUGAUGUCAAUCAUGAACCUGUGGUUGGAGCCAUUACUGCGGUGUCUCAGGAAGCAGCUCAGGUCUUGGAGUCAGCAGGAGAAGGGCCACUAGAUGUGAGGCUACGGAAACUUGCUGGCGAAAAGGAGGAGCUCCUGUCACAGGUUAGAAGAUUGAAGCUGCAGAUAGAGGAAGAACGGCAGAAGUCUUCAAGGAAUGACGGCACAUCUGGGGACCUGGCGGGACUGCAGAAUGGCUCAGAUUUGCAGUUCAUCGAGAUGCAGAGAGAUGCCAAUAGACAAAUUAGUGAAUACAAAUUCAAGCUUUCCAAAGCAGAACAGGACAUAACCACCUUGGAACAAAGUGUCAGCCGGCUUGAGGGCCAGGUGCUGCGCUACAGAACUGCCGCUGAGAAUGCAGAGAAAAUCGAAGAUGAGCUGAAAGCAGAAAAGAGGAAGCUGCAGCGAGAGCUACGGACAGCACUGGACAAGAUCGAGGAGAUGGAGAUGACCAAUAGCCACCUGGCAAAGCGGCUGGAGAAGAUGAAGGCCAACAGGACGGCCCUUCUAGCCCAGCAGUAGGGGACGGACCUUCUGCCUGGGUGCUGCUCCGAGGGCCCUGCCCAGAGAUACUGACUCUUUGUAUAUUGACACAAAGCUUUUCGAGUACUGUUUGAGUCUUGUCAUUAAACAGCCACCUUUGUACUUUAUAAUUUAUGAGAAUGAAGCAGGUCUAAUUGUCAUGAAUUUGGAUUUUGUUUGUAGUUCACUUCUAGCGUGAGAACUAGUCUGUGCUGUUUUAUUUUUAAUUUUCAACAUCCUAGAAUCAUGUUUUCUCACCAUCUUCCUCCAGCUGCCUCAUUGACUGGGCACGUGGGAGGCUGUGGUGUGGGUCUGGAGGAUGGCCGUUCUGAGUGCUGAGACACUUGCUGGAGACCUCAAAACACAAGUGCCUUCUCCACGGUGUGAUCCAAGCUUCAGAGACCGAGUGGCCAAGAUUCCUACUCUUCUCCCAGAGCAUUUAUAUUUCAGUGAGGAAGUAUUCAGGGGUGGGGAGUCUGUGUUUCGAUCAAAUUUAUGUUUGGAGAAAAAAGGCCUUUUUUUGUAAGAUAUUUAAAUUUAUAUAAAAAUGUUAGAAAAUGGGGAGUGUACAUUAAAUUUGAUUGCAUGAGGCAGAGGAAGUCUAGGCUUUUACUCUUAAAAUUAAGAGUAGGGUCUUUAGUCUCCGUAUCCACUGUGCUGUUCCUUGUAGUUUCAUCUGCUGCUGAUUUAUGAAAUGAAACCUCAGACAAGCUUGAGGGGUGAGGGAGGGACAGUACAGGCAGGUAGGGAAUCUGCCUGAAGAACUAUUAAACACACCCUCUGCCAACCAGAAUUGGCGGACACAGUCAUUGUUGCCGAAGCUUUUUAGGACAAAUCAUGGCAACCAUGUACAGUCCUGUCUUGCCUUCUUCUUUUCUCAAGACAAGAUAAUCCAGAACACAGAACCUUUUAAGUUUUUUGAGAGACAGCGUCUGUGUAGCCCAGGUUGGCCUCCACCUCAUAGACGUCAUCCUUGUGCCUUUUGGGUGCUGGGAUUCCAUUCAUUGCCUGGCUCUAGAAGAAACAUGCCUAAGAACUUGCAUUUCAUCUUUAUAGACCAGUUCAAGAUAUCUCCCUCCCCUACCAUAGCCACUUCACAGGGUUUGUGAUUCUCUUUUGUCAGAAUCAAGGUGGUUUCAUGAGAAUGAUUACUGUAGCUCAAAGUGUUUACAAAGAAACUAUAUUGAGGAAAAGUCUAAUGAAUCAAAGCCUCUUAAUAAAUCUAGACUUGGAACUAGAUAAUAAAGGUAACUAAAAAGUGA